AGGUCAUGGGAACCGAGAAAAUAACAGUUUUCUUGGCCACGGCUCUCGUGCAUUAAAUAUAAUAAUGACGUCACAAAGGCCUACUCGACCUGGGUAGACCCUGGUAGAAGGAUUAAGGCUUGUUAUGUUACAACAACAACAGAGAGCAAAAUGGAAGCGUAUAAAGUAACUUCUCUCUUCUUCGUAGCUGUAAGUCUAAUUUCCUCGUGUCAAGCUUCGGCCUGUUCAUCAGAUAAAGACUGCUUUCACUUCGAAUACUGUUGUAAAGGGAAUUGUACUUGGUCAAAACUAAAGUGUGAACACAUUUGUCAGUCGGACCAUGAGUGUGGAAGCGAAAGUAGAUGCCUGCUCGGGAUAUGUGUGAACUGUACUARUGACUUGUCUUGCACGAGAAAGAGCUGCCUCAACAACAGCCAUUGUCCAGAAGGACAUUCAUGUGAAAAAAAAUCCUGUGAAGUAAAAAAGAAAAGYAAUCUUACAUCCGAAAUGGCUCCAUUUUUGAUCUUUAUCGCUGCUCUUUCCGUGUCUUUGUUGAUUGUGUGUUAUAACGAUUACUUCCUCGAGAGAUUCGGCCAACGAAGAUGGAGAGAGCGUCUCGAGAGUUUAUCAUGUAAUUGCAGUUUAACGCUAUGGUUUUGGAUGUGGAGAUUGAGAAGAUCGCAUCGACAAGCCAACGGCGAUUCUUCAUGCCCAGGAAUCGAGGUUCAGUUUGAUUCUUGGUCCAACAACGACUCGUCAAACUCGUUUAACGAGAAACCUUCAAGUAGGCAGACCAUUUGGAGUUGGCGGUCAUUUAAGAGGAUUUUAUUCUUUUGGAGAACGAAUUGUGAGGAUAUUGAGCGUUUUUCUUCGCCUUUAGAGAGUAAUAAUAGAGAACAUUUGACAAGGAAUGUUUGGUCAUCGAAUCCAGUAAUUUUACUCAAUGGAUUUAUGAAUAGUAAUGAGCCUGUAACAAGCUCGUCAUCUUCAAAUCAUCAUUCCACAAGUUUAACAGAACAAGAUCAGUCUCAUCGUUCAGAAUCAGGACAAAAUACGACUCAAAAUGAUUUAAAUAGUAGUUGUACUCUUCUAGAUUCAAAUGGCUUGGGAACAGAAACAGUCAUUACUCGGUCCAGUGACCAGGAAUCCGACGCAAACAACUUCGUAAAUACUUGUUCUCGGGAGGUCACCACAGUCUGCUCGUUUAUUCUGUUUUGGCCCAUGGAUAAUCUAUUCUUGACAUGUUGUACGAGCUGCUUUCUUCUAGUUAUACUUCUCUGUUCUACCACUAAGGCUUGUAUACAAGACUCUGAUUGCGGUGAUGGACAACAACAUUGUUGUAAGUCUCAUUGCACGAGCUCAAGAAUCAACUGUAACAAGAUUUGUUUUAGCGACGAAGACUGUUCCAGGGACUACCUAUGUACACAAAACAUGUGUAUGGCGUGUUCCAAGCGUUAUGACUGCGAGCUGAAGAGCUGUUUUAACGAUUCUGAUUGCCCUUCCUCGCAUCGUUGUAGUAACCACAUGUGCAAGAAGAUAAAACCGCCAAAACAGAACUUUUCUUUACUACCGUUUAUAAUAAUCAUCUCAGUGCUGGGUUUUGCUCUUUUAGUGCUCUGUUACACAGAAGGAUGCUGGAAGGAAAUUUUAGCUUAUUUAAAACGGUAUUUUGGUCGAUAUGGAAGGAUUGCGAGAGAUGAAUGCGAAGCUGAUCAAAGAGACUUUUGUGAGAGCGAAAGAGGAAGUCACCGCCACUCAAACAAAUCAUGCGUUGAUUCACAACGGAUCGCAGCUACUAUGUCAAGCCACACACCAUCUGAACUUAAUCACACACAMRMAACUAGAACGGACCGUAAUUCUCCAAAUACGUUACGAAAUACACAGGUUAUAUCGCAUAAUAAUGAAACAUUAACCAUGACUKUACCAGAGUCUAURCCAUCCCAGUCACGACCGACAUUACUGACGUCAUGUACGAGUUCAACUCGGUGUCAACAAGAUGAGCAAGUUCCAAAUUCUGUAGAUUCUGGUUGUGUGCCAUCAUUGUCUAGCACACUGGAAGUAACAAGAAAUACUUCUCCAUUACCACCGAAUUACUGUUCUUUGUUUAGUGAAGAAGGCGAAGAGCCUCCUCCGAAGUACGAAGAUGUUGUCAACAACAUGAACGCUUGUAGUCCAAUUUGCAUUGAAAUGCAGUCGAUGCGGUCUGAAACUGUUACGAUAAAUCAAAACACGGAAACUACUGUAUAAAACUGAAAAUAAAAUAGAAGACAUUUUUAUUUAUUUUAUUUGUAAAUGAAGUUAAGAAAUGAGCAAAUGACUUUGACAGACACAUUUUCCCCUUUGCACCCUUAGGGUUAAA